ACAAUGAAGAUCCUGAUUUCGAUCGUCUGUGUAGCCCUGACGCUUACCUGUAUAACCUGUACCUAUCCGGGAUAUGGAGGAGGCGGUAUCCAAUAUGGCGGGAUCCAGGGAGGCUAUAUUUCCGGACCUCGGGGCGGCGUCAUUGGGGGCUACCGCUACGGAAUGGGCGGCGGGGGCUACGGUUACCCCAGUCCUUACGGUGGAGGCAUGUACGGCGGGGGGAUAGGAGGAUAUCCGGGAUACGGAGGCGGGAUGUAUGGGGGCGGAUUAUACGGGCGUGGAAUGUAUGGGGGCGGAUAUCCGGGAUACGGAGGAGGGGUGUACGGGGGCGGAUUAUACGGGCGUGGAAUGUACGGGGGCGGAUAUCCUUAUGGAGGAGGGAUGUACGGGGGCGGGAUGAUCGGGGGCGGAAUAGGAGGUUAUCCGUCGUACGGGGGCGGAAUGUACGGGCGUGGCCUGGGCUACAAGAAAAAUUACUACUAAAC